UCUAGUCCUCACACCGCCAACCAAGCAGAUCUUGCUAACUCUAUCCAAAUGUUGAAACUUCAUUUCCUAGUCUUGUCAUUCCCGGCUCAAGGCCACAUCAACCCAGCCCUUCAAUUCGCCAAGCGCCUCGUACGCAACGGCUUCCAUGUCACCUUCAUCACCACCGUCUCUGCUCAUCGUCGUAUGACCAACACCGCCACUCUUGACGGAUUAACCUAUGCUCCCUUCUCAGAUGGUUACGACGAUGGGUUCAAACCCGGCAAUGACUUUCCUCACUAUAUGGCUGAGAUCAAACGUUUAGGCUCACAAGCGCUCACAGACAUAACCAUGGCAGCUAGAAAGGAACAGCGCCCGGUGACUUGCAUCGUCUAUAACUUCCUCCUCCCAUGGGCUGCAGAAUUGGCCCGUGACUUGCUGGUGCCUUCGGCUCUACUGUGGAUUCAACCUGCGUCUGUUCUUGACAUCUACUACCACUACUUCAAUGGCUAUGGGGAUCUAAUUGAAAGGGAUAUCUCUAACCCCUCUUUAUCAAUAGAAUUACCAGGACUGCCACUCCUCACAUCCAAAGAUUUUCCCUCCUUUUUCCUCCCAACAAACACUCAAACUCAUGUUCUCCCUUUGUUCAAAGAACUCUUUGGGACCUUAGAGAAAGAAACCAAGGCAAGAGUUUUGGUGAACUCGUUUGAAGCCUUAGAAGAUGAAGCUUUGAAAGCAAUUGAUAAGUUUAAUAUGAUUGCGAUCGGACCGUUGAUCCCGUCGGCUUUCUUAGAUGGGAAAGACGCAUCUGAUACUUCAUUUGGAGGGGAUAUGAGCUAUAGUUCAAGGGAUUACAUAGAAUGGUUGAAUGAGAAACCAGAUGCAUCAGUGGUUUAUGUGUCAUUUGGAACCACUUCAACGUUAUCAAAGAAGCAGGAGAGAGAGAUUGCUAGUGGGUUGUUAGAAAGUCGCCGGCCGUUCUUGUGGGUUCUCCGUCCGGCACCGGAGAAGGGGAAAGAAGAAGGUGAUGUAAUUGAAAUCAUGGAAGAACUAAAGCAAGGAGGAAUAGUGAUACCUUGGUGUUCACAGGUGGAGGUUCUGUGUCACCCUUCAAUUGGGUGCUUUGUGACACACUGUGGUUGGAAUUCGACAUUGGAAGGUCUGGUUGCCGGAGUUCCUAUGGUGACAUUUCCACAGUGGUCUGAUCAAGCAACGAAUGCAAAGCUGGUAAAAGAUGUUUGGAGGACAGGUUUGAGGUUGGAGGUGAAUGAAGAAGGGUUGGUAGAAGGAGAUGAGCUUAAAAGGAGUGUAGAGAUGGUGAUGGAAGGAAGAAGAGGGGAAGAGAUGAGAAGAAAUGCUAAGAGAUGGAAAGACUUGGCAAGAGAAGCUGUCAUGGAUGGUGGUUCUUCGGAUAAGAAUCUUCAUGCAUUUGUGGAUGAGUUUCGGUUGGACAGUGCUGUUUGUAGUGUAGAGAAGAUUGUUGUUAGGGCAUUAGAGGAGAUGUAAUAAUACGAAUUAAUACAUGGCCAUUAGUCUUUCUACUGA